AUGUCUUGGCCGUGGCUCCCUGCUGCUGCUGAAGCAGCAGCAGCACCAGCAGCAGCAGCACCAGCAGCAGCAGCAGCAAGACCUGGCGUUGCAGCCUCAACAAGCGACACAGCAGCCGGCUUAAGAGCUGCAGCAGCAGAAGAAACAGCAGCAGCAACAGCAGCAGCAGCAGCACAGCAGCAGACAGCUGCAGAAUGGGGGGGAGUAGGAGGCUCCCUCUGGUCUUGGUGGUCUAUUGAGCCGGCGUACUCUGCUGCUGCUGCGCCCCAUACUGCAGCACCAGCAGCAGCAGCAGCAGCAGCAGCAGCAGCAGCAGCAGCACAAGCAGCAGCAGGAGCAGCAGGAGCAGGAGCAGCACCAGAGACGGCGGUGGCAGCAGAAACACCAGCAGCAGCAGCAGCAGCAGCAGCAGCAGCAGAUUGGGAGUCGCCCGAAGAGACAAACAAUAUUCCCCUUCGCACCCAGCAGCAGCAGCAGCAGCAGCAGCAGCACCAGCAGCAGCAGCAGCAGCAGCAGCAGCUGGGGAUGGAUAACUGA